UUGAGUGUGACGUCAUUUUCCGCAGAGCAAGCUGAACUGAUGUGUCUAGUCUUCCGCUCCUCCAAAUUGUUCUCGAAUACAUAAAUCUUGAUACACAUACAGUUAGAAGGGAUUUUAUUCUAGCAAAAACAGACGGUAUGUCGUACACGAUAAGAAUACAGCUGUUAGGACUUUUCGUGCAGGUUGCGGUCGUCGUGGUGUGCUGUUUCACUGACAUAGAAACGGGGCCUGGCGCAAGUGUAUCGUUACAGACGAAUGGAGACCGGUUUAAAAUCGAGGGAAGAGCAAUAGUCCCGGGGGUGAAAACACAAGAUUGGGUCUCCGCUGCCCGAGUUCUGGUGGAAGGUGAAGAAUACGUGGGAUUUUUGAGAAUGGAUGGCAGUUUUGCUGUGAACGAUGUCCCAUCAGGAUCUUAUGUUGUGGAAGUUGUCACCCCAACCUAUAAAUUUGAACCAGUGCGUGUUGAUAUCACAUCCAAGGGCAAAAUGAGGGCACGUGUUGUGAAUUACAUCAAGACUUCAGAAGUCAUUCGCCAGCCUUACCCUCUCCAAAUCAGGUCUGUCGGCACCCACGUGUACUUCAUGAAGAGGGAGACCUGGGGUUGGACAGACUUUCUUAUGAACCCAAUGGUUAUGAUGAUGCUUCUGCCCCUGUUGAUCAUUGUUUUGUUGCCCAAAGUGGUCAACACCAAUGAUCCAGAGAUGAGAAAGGAAAUGGAACAGUCCAUGAACAUGCUGAACCCCAACCCUGAGCUGCCAGACGUUUCUGAGCUCAUGACGAAGCUCUUCUCUGGCUCCAAGGGCUCCAGCAAAGCAGGCAGCAGCAGCAAGGGCACCAGGCCAGCUGCUAAAAGGAGGUAGUAUAAUAAUGAACACAUAACCUCAACCUGCCUAAAGAAGCACGAGUUAUGCCAUGGAAGAGAGAUUUUUAAGUGUCAUUUUUCCUCUAGGUUUAUUGUACAGUUUUCUUUGAUAUUAGAUGAUUUGAGCACAUCUUUAUUUCUAAUAUGCUAUUGGAAACUGAGCAAAGACGUUUUUUCAUACUGCACUGAUAUAAAUUUCUUGAGCUUGAUUUGCUCUAUACUUUGUAACAUGUGACUCUAUUACUCAUCAGUCUUUCUGUGCUAACCCUUCGGUGUGCAUUUUUCCACUGCUGCUAAUUCCACUACCUGAAAGAGAACAUAUAUACAUAUUUAGAGAUUUUGUUGUCUCUUCGAUCCCAGUAAGAUGACUGUGAAUGAUGAUGAUUUGAAUUUUAAGAUUGAUAAAUUAUUUAAAAGCCUAGAUCAAUAAAUUGCAAUGGUUGUAA